AUGGGGAUGGGGGUAAGAGUUCCAGCUCUGGGUUGUGCGUAUUUGUGGGCAGGGGAGAGGGAGGGAGGUGGUGUGAUGGAGGCUGCAGCUCUGGGGAAAAAGCUGUUCCUCAGCCUGCUAGUCUGUGUUUUGAUGGUGCAGUAUCUCUUCCCAGACGGCAAUGGGACAAACAGGGAGUGUCCUGGGUGGCUGAUGUCCAUGCAGAUGGCCCGUGCUCUUCUCUGCAGGCAUUUAGUGUACACAGAAUCUAAGUCCGCGAGCUCAGCUCCCACAAUUCUCUGUGCUACCUUCACCAACCAGAACAAAUCUUCUCUGUCUUUUGCUGUGCAGCCACUUUACCACACUGUGCAGCCCUGGCAGAGGAUGUUCUCGAUGAUCUCUCCUCCAAAUGAGCACAUUGUGCUGAACGAUCCCUGGAGACCCUGGUGGCAGAGAUACCAACCAAUCGGCUACAAGUUGUGUUCCAGAUCUGGCAGUGAGAACGAGCUGAGGGACAUGAUCUCCAGAUGCAACAAAGUUGGGGUCAACAUCUAUGUGGAUGUUGUCAUCAACCAUAUGUGCAGAGCUGGUGGUGGAGAGGGAACCCACUCCUCAUGUGGAAGCUGGUUCAAUGCCAGCAAGAAAGAUUUUCCCAGUGUCCCCUAUUCCCACUUGGACUUCAACGACUACAAAUGCAGGACCGCCAGUGGCAACAUUGAGAACUAUGGUGACAAAUAUCAGGUACGUGACUGUCGUCUGGUCGGUCUGUUGGACCUUGCCUUGGAGAAAGAUUAUGUUAGGAGCAAGGUGGCUGACUACAUGAACAGUCUGAUUGAUAUGGGUGUGGCUGGAUUCAGAGUAGAUGCCACCAAGCACAUGUGGCCUGGUGACCUGGAGGCUGUCUACGGUCGUCUGCACAACCUUAAUACCAGCUGGUUCCCUGGUGGCUCCAGAUCCUUCAUCUUCCAGGAGGUAGUUUUCCCAAAAUGCUUUUAUAAAGGUCCCUCAAAUAUAGUGAUUGAAUAUCUCAAAAAGACAGAAGAAAAUGUAUGGAGUCAGUACUAUUAUUAUACAUCGGUAUCAGUUAGGUACCACUGUAUAGUAAAAGCUCCUUGUCAAAUACAGAUGUAACUUCAGUUCACGUCCAUAUUUGACAGUUGUUUGUUUUGUUAGAAUAUCUUGCUGUGCCAACAGGCUAGAUGAACUUAUUUGAACUUGAUUUUCA